UGCGCUCCGUCGUUCUGUGCUUAGCAGCAGGCAUCCAACACUCCCACAAUAACAUCCUUGACGUCAUAGCCAUCACUCCCGUCGGAGAUGCAGCUGCAAAACUGCUAUAGUGUGGAUUGAAGGGGAUAGCGAAGCGGCGGUGGCAGCCAUCUUACAGACCGACCGUAUGCGCCCGGAUUGUUUUGUACGGUUCAGUAAGGCAAUACAUUUGUAGGCUAUCCAUCAGAAUAAGUAACGCGAUUCUAGGUUUUUCUUUUUCUUUAGAAAUACGACAUGCAUUGUCGACGAUACAAACCACCCUCAUCUCUAAUGGGGCUGGUCCUUGGACUAAUAUGUGUGGUGGAGGCAGCUAAAGUUAAUAAGCACAAACCUUGGAUUGAGACAACAUACCACGGCAUCGUAACAGAAAAUGAUGACAAAGUCCUGCUGGACCCUCCAUUGAUAGCCCUGGAUAAAGAUGCCCCACUUCGCUAUGCAGAGAGUUUUGAAGUGACCUUCACCAAAGAAGGUGAGAUUUGUGGCUUCAGGAUUCACGGGCAGAACGUCCCGUUCGAAGCGGUGGUGUUGGACAAGUCCACGGGCGAGGGCGUGAUUCGGGCCAAGGAGAAGCUGGACUGCGAGCUGCAGAAGGAGCACACCUUCACCAUCCAGGCCUACGACUGUGGAGAGGGCCCCGAUGGAGAGAACAUGAAGAAAUCCCACAAGGCCACGGUCCACGUCCAGGUGAACGACGUGAACGAGUACUCGCCGGUGUUCAAGGAGAAGGCGUACAGAGCCACGGCGAUCGAGGGGAAGACAUACGACAGCAUCCUGCGCGUGGAGGCCGUGGACGCAGACUGCUCCUUCCAGUACAGCCAGAUCUGCAGCUACGAGAUCCUCACCCCCGACGUGCCCUUCACCAUCGACAAGGAAGGCUACAUCAAGAACACAGAGCAGCUCAACUACAGCAAAGAGCGCAUGUACAAGCUGACAGUGACCGCCUACGACUGCGGGAAGAACCGGGCCUCUGAGGAUGUCCUGGUGAAGGUCGACGUCAAGCCCACCUGUAAACCGGGCUGGCAAGGAUGGAACAAACGGAUGGAAUAUGAGCCAGGCACAGGAAGUCUGGCGCUAUUUCCCAGCAUGCACCUGGAGACCUGUGAGGAGCCAAUAACCUCUAUCCAGGUCAACAUCGAGCUAGAGACCAGCCACAUUGGAAAGGGCUGUGACCGGGAGACAUACUCUGAGAAGUCCCUGCACAUGAUGUGUGGUGCGAGUUCCGGAACGGUGGAGCUGCUUCCCGCCCCCAGCGGCUCAGCCAAUUGGACGGCGGGGCUGCCCACGGACAACGGCCACGACAGCGACCAGGUCUACGAGUUCAACGGCACCCAGGCUAUCAGGGUCCCCGAGGGCGUGGUCAGCAGCAGCCUGAAGGAGCCCUUCACCAUCUCCGUGUGGAUGAGGCACGGACCGGGGGCCAAGGAGAAGGAGACCAUCCUCUGCAACUCCGACAAGACAGAGAUGAACCGGCAUCACUACUCGCUGUACGUGCACAACUGCCGACUCAUCUUCCUCCUGCGCCAGGACCCCUCCGAGUCUGAGAACUACAAACCAGCCGAGUUCCACUGGAAGCUAGACCAGGUUUGUGACAAAGAGUGGCAUCACUAUGUGCUAAACAUCGAGGUCCCCGCGGUGACGCUGUUUGUGGACGGCGUCUCUUUCGACCCCUUCCUGGUCACAGAGGACUACCCCCUGCAUGCCUCCAAGAUUGAGACGCAGCUUACCAUCGGCGCAUGCUGGCAAGACAAUUCAGGACAUGACAGUGACAAUGAGACAGACUUUGAAACUUUGACAGGGGGCAGCGCUCAGAUGUCGCAGUAUUUCCGAGGCAACUUGGCCGGACUGAUGGUCAGGUCCGGGAAACUGGAGAAGAAGAGGGUGAUUGACUGUUUGUACACCUGCAAGGAAGGCCUGGACAUCCAGCUCCCUGAGGAAGUGGGCACCAACAUCAAGGUGCAGUUUAACCCCAGCCAGUCGUCUGUGACCCUGGAGGGGGAUGACAUGGAGAGCUUUGACAAGGUCAUGCAGCACGUCUCCUACCUCAACUCCAGACAGUUCCCCACGCCCGGCAUCCGCCACCUGCGCAUCUCCACCACCGUCAAGUGCUUAAACGAGGAGUCGUGUACCUCUGUGCCAGACGUGGAGGGGUACGUGAUGGUCCUGCAGCCAGAGGAGCCGAAGAUCAGCCUGAGUGGCAUCGACCACUUCGCCCGGGGUGCCCCCGAGUUCGAGAGCGCGGAGGGCGUGACCCUGUUCCCCGAGCUGCGCAUCGUCAGCACCAUCACCCGCGAGGUGGAGGCCGAGGGCGACAGCGAGGACGACCCCACAGUUCAAGAGUCGGUGGUGUCGGAGGAGAUCAUGCACAACCUGGACACGUGCGAGGUGACGGCGGUGGGGGAGGAGCUGGACGCCGAACACGAAAGCCUGGAGGUGGACCUGGCUCAGAUCCAGCAGCAUGGCCUGGAGAUGAGCUCCUCAAAUAUGGGCCUGAUCAUCACAGGUGUCAACACAAUGACGAACUAUGAGGAAGUUCUGCAUCUCAUCCGCUACAGGAACUGGCACACAGAGGCCCUCUUUGACAGGAAGUUCAAGCUGGUGUGUUCCGAGCUCAAUGGCCGCUACAUCAGCAACACCUUCAAGGUUGAGGUCAAUGUGAUCCACACUGCCAACCCCAUGGACCACGUUAACAACGCCAUGAUGCAGCCUCAGUUCAUCAGCCCCAUCCACCAUGGCUCCAUGGACCUUUCCGGACACACCCUGGCCAAUUCCCACCAGGCUUCAGUGGUUCCUAGCGCUGCCACCAUCGUCAUCGUUGUGUGCGUCAGCUUCCUGGUGUUCGUGAUCAUCCUGGGCGUGUUCAGGAUCCGCGCCGCCCACCAGCGCACCAUGAGAGAUCAAGAGAACGGCAAGGAGAGCGAGAUGGACUGGGACGACUCCGCCCUCACCAUCACCGUCAACCCCAUGGAGACGUAUGAGGACCAGCACAGCAGUGAGGAAGAGGAGGAGGAAGAGAGCGAGGACGGCGAGGAGGAGGACGACAUAACCAGCGCGGAGUCGGAAAGCAGCGAGGAUGAGGAGGGCGGGGAGCCAGAGGACCAGCAGGCCGCGAACAGACAGCAACAGCUGGAGUGGGACGACUCGACACUCACCUACUGAGAGCACAAGAGGGCAGAUAGUGCACCUGCACACACACGCGUUCACACAUACACAUACGCACACACACACACACACACACACACGCACGUGCGCGUACACACACACGCACACACGCAUGCACACACACGAUCACACCCACUCGCACACACACACGCACGCAUGCGCACGCACACACACACACACACACAUACAUGCUCACCGACACACACACACACACACACACACACACCCUAGAAGCUCUGGGGCAUUCCAUGUUCCUGUUACGGUCUCUUAAAAUGACCUGUAGUGUUGAGAGAGAAAAUGUAUAUCCCUUCGAGCAAAAUAAAUACAAAUCUGGUGUUUGUAAUGGCUGAUGUUACUGCUUCGGGCCAAGAGUUUCUGUCGUCAUUCGAGUCGUAGUAUUCAGUAGCCAUAGUAUGGUAAUCACAGACCUUUAUUUUUUGAUCUCUGUGAAACUUGGCCUCUAGAUUUGCGUUUAUUUUAAGCUAUGUAAGGAAAAAGCCUGCACUUUUUGUUUUCUUCACUGUCAGUUCAGCUGUGAGACUUUUAAAAUGGAGAAUGAAAAUGCGAUAGACCCUGCACAUGAAUAUCAGACUGACAGAACAAAGCUUGGGCUCUGUGCUUUUUUCUCUUUCUGUUUGUGUUGUCUGGAGCAGAGGAAAGCAAGAUGAUACAUCACAAGCUUUGGGUUUUUUCCUCUUUUUAUGCAUGAGAAAACUCAAAUAAAUCAUACGUGUAGGUGAACAAAUAACUUUUUCAUAUUUUGUAAAUAUCAUGGAGUUAUGUAAUAAGGCCAAAUGGUAAAGAACAAAAGUAGACAACAGGGUCCAAAAAUAGGAAAAUGUCAUACAGUAUGCGCUGUAGUAUACACAAAGGGGUAUAGCAUGUUCUAAAGUUGGGCUCUUCUGUCAUGCUUCUGUAAAAUGUAUGCUGUAGAGAGAGAAACCCAUGACAGAAAUUAUGAGGUUUCCGUGAUUUAUUCACAUUUAUUAUUUUCUGGGGAGGAAGGGAAUGAACUUUUGGGUUGGGGUGGGGUUGCAUUUUAGUGUGAUGGCUACACUUGUUAAUAAUUUGCCAGGCUUGUGUAAGUAUAGUGACAAAAAUUUGUGAGAUAAUGUUGUAUCUGAAGCCCGCAAUAAUUCAGUGAACUGUUUUGGAAUCCAGAUGAAACACAAAGGAUUUGACAAUUGUUUAUUAAACGCCUGCUGUACAGUUUUAGCACACUGAAGCUUUUAAAUUGCCAUUUUCCAUGUUGAUGUUUUGACUAUUGUGCGCACAUAAGCUAUAGAAAUCCAUUGUGAGCCCACGCCAAUUCCAGUUGCCUGCCAUACCUUUAAAUAUUGUUCAGAAGAUGCUGAACAAAAAACAACAGGAGAAGCAGGUAUUUGCGUGUAGUUGGAGCAUUGCAAGGUCCAGAUAAAGUAGAUUUAUAUGGGAGCUGCUUGUCUUUGGGUUUUGAAUGAAAAAGCAUUUUCCAGAAACUGAUAGACUGUAAUGCCACAUGGGUUUGUACUGUAGAGCUAUUUUCUAAAUAUUUGUUUACAUUUGAACAACUUUUUUGGUUGCGGUAUAAAGAAAUUAUACAAGUAAUUGGAAUUAUUUCUCUUUUUGAUGUAUUAUUUUCCCAGUAACUGUUUUGUUUUCUUUGCGGAACGGGUACCCAAUCAUAUAAGAGAUCAAAAGGAAGUUCCUAUUCUAUCUGGUUUUCAAAUAUAAUGUAACACAGCAAGAAUGAUUCAGGGCACAAAAAAAAAAACAAACUAGCUGGUCCAAACCUGAAAAAGGGUUGCUUCUGGUAAAUGGACGUUACAUCACAAGUAUGGCAAUACUGCAUUUCCCGUGAUGGGAGGCCUGAUUGUAACACAGUCACCCAAUGUGUAAAAGUGCCGUCAGCGCUGAACUGCUUGCCGGUCACCUCACGUGGUGUAUUGCAUUGUGUGGAACUGGGAAUUGGGAAUUGGAAAUUGGGAAUGCAAUCACUGUCAUUGAACCCCAAAAUAGUAUAUAAAGGUCAAAGCCUAUCUUUAAAUUGUUCAAUUCCACAUGUAACAAGGUGUUUAAUUUACUAAUUAUGGUCCAAUACUGAUUCAAUAUAUAUACAUUGUCACUCAAAUAUGACAUCUCUGUCUGACAGAUAUCUACGGACAAGAUAUUUGGAUAAUGAGUUUUUGUUCCUUGUUGCACAGCCUGUGUAUUGAUGCAAAGUAAUAAAAAUGGUUUGCUCCCUCAUUUAAGACCAUACCUGGGUGCAUAGAUUGCAACAGAUGUCUUUGGAACUUCCUGUGUUAAGGCACCAAAGAUAAGUAGGUUCAGCAGGCAUGUUUAACUGAAAGGACAGCAAUGACAGCCACAGUGUGUGUCAGUGAUUCUGCAAAAUCACCACGGUUGGUCACAUUGCUCCUUCAUUCAGCUGAGACCUGUGGAGAGGCCCAACAUGAUCAAAACUCUGGCGGUGUUGGGAGUGCCUUGUACCUAUCACAACACAUUAACACAACUAACAAAACACUCAUACACGCUGUUUUAGUUGUGGCCAUGUUUGUGUGUAAUUUUUGUAAUUAUAAAAUGCUAGAUUUCUUACAAGUCGGGGGAAGUGGUUUUUAUUUAAUUCCUUUCCAUUUGUUGUAAUGAUAAUGAUGGAAUAACUGCUAGUUUUAUCUGUAGUGAAAGUUUGUCCUACAUUGAUGUUUUGUGCUCAUGUGAUGUGUAGACAAAGUAGGUCUUUCAUAUAUCAUCUAUAGAUAUUGUCCUUAGACUAAUUCAUGUUUGGGGGAAAAAAAGAAACAAUUCUACUUCAAAAAGGAUGUACAUUGUUAAAAUUCUAUAUGUAGCCAAUGUGGGUAUAACUUACAAAUAUGUAUAUGGUGAUUGGUGAGACUGAAAAGCCUUUAACCCUACAAUAAAUUUCAAUGUAUAUGUAAAAUGUAGGUGCUUUUCCCUACUUUUUUUAACAUUGGUGGGGGGGGGGGUGUCAACACUGAAUUUUCUUUUUUUUUUUUUAAACCCCCUUUACUUUCAAAAUUCCCACAGCUCUACUUGUCACUCGCUAUGGAUAUUUAAAUGACACAAAUGAGACAUCCAACCACUACCUUCUCAUUUCCAGAAUUGGACCUAUAAAGGGUUACUGUCGGGACUUCUGGAAGUCAGUGAUUUAAACAUGUUUUGUGGUAAAGAAAUGGGACGAAUAAAAAUGUAAACUGGGGCUAUUUGUGAAGCAUUAUUUCUGUAUGAUUCCUAUCUGAGUAUACCUGUUAGAGCAAAGUGCUUUACACAUACAGUUGUGUAGCUGAGAAGAGAGAAAGCAAAAAUGUUGUGAACCAGUUAAUGAUAUAAACUACUGAUGGUGAAAUAGUCUGUUGUACACAUUUCAUGAUUCAGUUGUGCCACCAACAAUGAUUGUCUUCCAUUUUUGCAUUGUUCUUUUUUGUUUUUCUUUUUAAGAAGUGAAAGGAAAGGGUGUUUUAAGAGGUGUAGGAAGCUGCACUCAUUUUCUGACCAACCAGACUCGGUAGCGAAUGGUUAUAGUGAAGUUGAUGCUUGCUUAUGAACAAAAAUAAAGGAUGCCGAGAUGGA